UUGGAAGUCGCAGCUCCUCCGCUGACAGUGGCAUGGGUCGGUUGCAAAAGAUUCUCAUUCCCUUGCUGGGAUUGGUUUUGGCCUUCUGGUUUUAUUCUGCGAGGGAGAAUUUCAAACCGGAGAUGCUGAAGGGGAAGCGGGUGAUCGUGACUGGAGCCAGCACUGGGAUUGGGGAGCAGAUUGCCUAUCACCUGGCACGGAUGGGAUCUCACAUCCUCGUCACGGCACGGACAGAGGCCAAGCUCCAGAAAGUGGUGCGGCGGUGCCUGGAGCUGGGAGCGGCCUCGGCGCGGUACGUCGGCGGCACCAUGGAGGACAUGGCCUUCGCCCAGCACGUGGUGAGCGAGGCACAGGCCUCGCUGGGAGGCCUGGACAUGCUCAUUCUUAACCAUGUUGGUGCCUCGUACUUUGGUUUUUUCGAUGGGGAUGUUGAGCACGUACGAAAGCUCCUGGAAAUCAACUUCCUCAGCUACGUGGCCAUGACCACGGCAGCCCUGCCCAUGCUGAAGGAGAGUGAGGGCAGCAUUGUCGUGGUUUCAUCCAUGGCAGGCAAAGUCGGGUUUCCCUUUACUGUUCCCUACUCUGCGACCAAGUUCGCCCUGGAUGGAUUUUUCAGUUCCCUGAGGCAGGAAUUCAGCAUUCAGAACAUUAAUGUUUCCAUCACACUCUGCAUCCUUGGCUUCAUUGACACUGGUAAGAGAAACAUUUUGUAA